UCAAUUAGACAGUUGUGUACAGUACCUACCUAUAUUACUUACUUCAUGUCAAAGAAUAUAGUACUCUCUAACGAGAACUCCAUGUAAGUAAAUUGUAGUGUACUGCUUUGGUGAACACAGAAAGUUGUCGGUUAUAAUUAUUUCAUCUAAAGUAAAUGUAGGCAAGAUCCAUCAACAUGAUUAUAUUUACUGGGAACAGUCUAAAUGAGAGACAUCGAGAGUUGAACUCAAAAGUGAAUCAAGCAGUAACAAAUGGUGUGUCAUUUGAUAAUGUCAAAUUACAAAAUGAGAAGACUGACAUUGACAGACUGUUUAAAAUAGACUUGGCAAACAAGAAAAAAAACAUAGACUACAUUAUCGAGACCCUCAAGUGCGGAGACAGCGUGUAUAUCACCAGAGCAUUAAAAUGUCAAUGGCUUUAUCAACAAGAGUAUGCCCACAUUAUCAAUCCAGAUUACCUGGAACAGUGUGUCUUUCCAGAAAUGCCAUUUAAGAUGAGAAGGAAAUUUUUAAAGUUGAUAUCCCAGCACAUGACGGACAGUGAUCGAGCAGCUCUGUUCUGCUCUUACUGUAUAAAAAUGAAAUUACCGGAAAUAGCUCUCAAGUUUCUGUGGUAUUCUCCAGAAUCAAAGAAAGUAGAGGUGAUUAAAGGCCACCAUAUAUUUAUCUCUGUCAAAGAUAUGGUAAACAUUAUUGGCGAUUCAUUCACUUUAGCUACAACUGUAUUAGAUGAAGUAAACAAAUACGAGGUUUGUAAUUUUCUAAAACUGUUGAGCUACCUGUAUUCUGUGUCGGAUGUUAAAUAUCUGGAUCUCGUUGAGAAAUAUAUGUUUAAACAUGAAUUAACUUGGCCAUCGAAUCAAAGGUUUGGAUUGCGACUUUCUAAACAUAUAAUGAACAACCACAAAAACAGGCUGUUUUGCCACACAAAACUGUACCUAAGCAUGCUGAAUAGAAAAAUGCUAGUAAAAUGUAGCACAGCUGACGAUGUAAAAAAAUAUGUUACAAAUCUAUAUUUUUACACAUUCUGGGACUUUUAUAGGGAAUAUGAGUUUAUACUAGAGGUAAUUCCGCUAGAAACACGGCUACAAUACCUAAAAGAGGUUUUCACUAAGCACUACCCAGGACAAGAAUUUGAAAUGAGUAUGAAUUUUUAUUAUGCUGGUUUAUACAAAUUAAUGACAAAUGCAGAGAGAGAAGCUUGGGCCCUGGAACAUGUAAAGUCUGGUCUUGAGCAUUUUGGUCAUGGUCAAGAUUUUAAAUGGUACGAGUUUGUAUCGUUUGACAAAGCAUUUGAGCCUCUCAAAAAAUACAUAUUAAUUGCUGCUAAUGCUGACCUCAGGAUCGAUAUUGUCAAUGUGCUAGUCAUCAGCGCACAGUCAGACCGCGAAUUAGAAAAGUUGUUUAAUUAUUACUAUCAGAGAUUCGUUAACGAAAUGAUAAGUAAUAAAGAAAAGUUUAUUGACAAAGUAUUAAGUAUCCAUAGCUACCAUAAAUUCGAUGAGAAUUGCUGGCAGGCAUUUAAUAAAAUAUUACACAGCAUGGAUGUCUACGAUAAUAAGAAUGCCUAUAGCUGCAGAGCAGAAUAUAAGUUAGUCGCAAUAGUUUACGCUAUCAUUCACAAAAUAGAACUACAUGACGCUCUAAAGCAACACAUUGAUGAUGGAUUGAAUUUGUACUUAUUUAAACAGCUAACUGACAAAUUGACUGCAGAGGAUGUUGAGAUUGUCUAUAAUUACAUAAUUAAUUACUAUUUAAAGAAAAUAAAUGAGUUCAAUGUUGAAAACUAUGAUGAACACACUAAAUUUGGUGUUAGAAAAUAUAUACAUAGUCUAUUGGAACUAAUGAUUCGAUAUGAUAAGCCUAAAAAGAUAUUCCAGAUAUAGUCAUGAAAUUCGUCGCACUAGACCGCGAGGAAUACAAGUAUAACAGUUUUUAGGGAAGAAGAAAUCCCCUUCACACAAUUUGUCCUGGUGAAAGAUUUAAAAAAAGAUGCAUCUAUAGUAGUAUCAAAAAUUACAUUACUCAACAAAAAUCUUGAAAACAGAACGAGAUUCAAUCUUACUUAUCUGCUCAGAAAGUUAAAGAUUUACUUUUCUACCGAUAUUGCACUAAAUUUUGUAGAAUUAUUCAAUAAAAUACUAUCUACAGGUGAAUUAUGUGAAAUAACUUACGAUGCUGCCGUUUACGGAAUAUUUAAUCUAGCAGAGUAUGCAGAUAGAGUUGGAUUGGUUUCCAAAUAUGUUCCAACUGAAUCAAAAAUAGACCAUGUUGAGAUUGAACGGAAAA